AUGUCUCUCUCCGCCUCUGACAGCAACAGUGCGUUUUCCAGAGUGACAUCUGGCAAAACACCGCCUCCGGCCCCUUCAGCCGCCUACGCAAAAAGGGCGAGGGCGCUUGAGGCUGAAGGGGGGAUUGGGGCGAGAUACAGACCUCCCGCGCUGCGCGCGUUAGCCUCCGGGGGCUCUCCUCCUAAUGACCUCUCUUCGACCACAGCUGCCACUGAUGACACUAAUACCCUGCCGUCCACUAGCUAUCCCGCGGGUUUCAGGAGGGCGAGGGCUGGAACCUUACCUUCCAAUGUCCAACUUGCCGCUCAACGCUUUGCUGCUGCAUCAAGCACUUUGAAUAGCUCCGCUGCUGCUGCUGUAGCGGCCGCCUCCACGGAAUCGUUUUCCGACGAGCUGCAAAGACAAAAUUUCGUGACCCCUUCCGCGUCGGCGGCCUCCGCUCGCCCUGGUUUACGUCAUUCGACAUCGGCUGCAUCUUCGGUCGCAUCUUCGGUACUCACAGAGCGUAACAGCCGGCUGCGAUCUGGUUCGUUGACUCUACCGAGCGGGGGGCUCUCGAACGCCUUCGGCCCCUCGAUUUUCUCGACUUCCUGGCUGUCGUCCAGGAAUGGUAGUCUGCCUGUUCUGGACGAUUUACGUUCGGUCAAUUCUAUGGAUUCUCGCGAUGACGACUUCGAUGUACACACACUUGACUAUUUGGGGCUAGACGAGACACUCCGCCACCCGCCGGCUGCCACCAUUUCUGAGCUGCGCAACCAGGCUCAGGCGGCUAUUGCAGGCAACCUCGCUGCAAAUCCAUCUAGGUUACGUGCCACCACAGUAUCUAAUCCGUAUCACCUAAGGCCUUCUGCAGGCGCUUCGUUGCUGCCUACUCCUAAUGCACACGAAGAAGAGGAGAUGUACGAUGAAGAGAUAUACCACAGGCAAGGUUUGGAUGUUUAUCAAGAGCCGGAUAACAGUUACCUCUCGUCCGGCUACAUUCCCAAAGGUUUCAAGCACGGUGAUCAUCUCUCUGUUGGUUUAGGCUCCCGGCCCCGGGCAAUCUCCGUUGGAAAUUUGGAUGAUACUACCCGGGCACUCCAUCGUCGAGUUGCGCCCUCUGAUGCUCAGUCUGCAUACGCAAGUGAUUUAUCCAUUCAAACUGGACUUGGGGGUAUCCUUAGGAAUGACAAAGCCGCCGCUCGAGGGGGCAUUUCUCCUUCCGUUCAUUUCCCCAAUGGAGAGCUUUCCAGGACCAGCUCAUAUCUGGCCGCUCCAUCGACCCAGAAUCGCGCUACGUCCCCAAAGUCAGAGGGAUCAACUCAAAUGCAGACUCCAACGCGCUCGCUCUGGAUCGGCAACUUGGAUAGUUCAGUCACGAGCGAGCAGCUCAUACACGUCUUCGCACCAUACGGUGCCAUUGAGAGUUUGCGACUGCUACCGGAGAAGGAGUGUGGAUUCGUCAACUUUGUGGACCAGGCGGACGCUAUCCGGGCUAAAGAGGAUGUGCUCAAUCGCUUGGGUGGCGACAUUGGCAUGCCGAAUGGACAGACAGUUCGUAUUGGCUUUGGCAAAGCUGACAGUGCACCUGUUGCCCCCGCGAAGGGGACCAACUUAAAUAGCCCUUCCGCUACAUCCCCAGGUGGUACGCUUGGCAAAUCUUCUAGUAAUAAUGCGGGACUCGCAGGUAUGGAUGCUCAAUUGCAGUCUACUCCCACGAGAGCACUCUGGAUCGGGUCUAUACCGUCAACGACUACUCCCGCUACCAUAUUGAGUGUAUUCAGUCCUUAUGGGCCUAUUGAGUCAGCAAGGGUUUUGACGCACAAGAAUUGCGGCUUCAUUAACUUCGAGCGUCUCGAUGAUGCUGUGAGAGCUCGAAAAGCUUUAAACGGUCGAGAUGUGCUGGGUAGCGAUGUUGGAGCCAUUCGUAUUGGUUUUGCCAAGGUUCCUGUGAAGAACGGGUCAGACACUAGUAAUGGUCAAGACGAAAGUGCUGGGCUUAAUGUUCAGGGCAUCGGUGAUUUAAGCGUCGGUGCAACCAUUCAUGCCCUUCGCAAUAUCAAGGGUGCAACCACGAUUCCGGUUGAUCAGCAGGUUCUCAGCGGUGCCGUUGAGAACUAUCGUUCCAAUCUGCUGCUGAGCAUGAUUGCCUCGGGUGCACACAGUGGUGGUUACGACAGCACGGGUAAACCGGUUGGGUGGUCUGCUUCUGUCACUGAGCAGCAGAUGAUUAUGAAGGAGCUUAGUGGUGGCAGCCCGGAUGCGGAAGCCGAUAUUCAAGCACUUGCAGAGUUCCGCCCCCCUACUAUGUACUACACCACCAUUCCGCUGGUGUCUGAGAGGCCUCACAACAGGCGCUGGGAUGCAUCUAAAUUGCGAGAGCUGCGGAAGCGUCUUGACACCAGUACCAUUUCGACUGAGGAGAUUGACAGUGUUGCAGCUGAUUUUCUCGAUGGGGAAAUUGUUGAUCUUGCGUCCGAUUGGCUUGGUAACACGGUUGUACAAAAGCUAUUCGAGAAAUGUUCUCCUGGACCCCGUUUGGCUAUGCUGGAACGCAUCAGCCCUCACUUGGCGAUGAUCGGCAUCCACAAGAAUGGUACAUGGGCAGCUCAAAAGAUCAUCGAAUGUGUGCAAACCCCAGAUGAAGUUGCUCUCGUAACUCUCAACUUGCGUCCCUAUGUCCCUCCGCUUCUCUUGGAUCAAUUUGGAAACUACGUUGUGCAAUGCUGCCUUCGCUUCGGUGCCCCAUCCACCGAUUUCUUGUUUGAUGCAAUGGUAGAUCGUCUGUGGGAGAUUGCUCAAGGGCGCUUUGGAGCUCGUAGCAUGAGGGCUUGUCUCGAGAGUGGUCACAUUACGCUCAACCAGCAACGUCGUAUCGCGACGGCAGUCAUCUUGAACUCUAUUCCACUUGCCACAAAUCCCAACGGGGCGCUGCUCUUGACAUGGCUUCUCGAUACGUCGAGCUUCCCGUCUAGAUACAACUUGCUUGCUCCUCGCUUCACCCCCCAUCUAUCUCAUUUGUGCACUCACAAGCUCGCUUCAUUAACUGUCUUGCGGAUCGUUAAUCAAAAGGUGGAACCCGAGGCGUCGAGCCAGAUUGUGGACGCUCUCUUUUCCUCCCCUGGUGACCAUGUUCUUACGGAUGUACUGGGCGAUCAAGUCAACGGUGUUGCCGUUGUUCACAAGAUUCUCACGAGUCCCUUCAUUGACCCAGCGCAACGCCCGAGCUAUGUGGAGGCCACGAAACGUGUGCUCAUUGAGCUGAAGGUUAUCGCUACACAAGCCUAUCGUCGCUUGAUCGAGGAAGUUGGGUUACCUGUCCCGAACCUGCAACCAACGUAUACAACGAAUGCCCCCCAGCCCAACAGCAAAAAUAAAUACACUUCCCAGAGCAACUAUGCUCUUCCUGGGCUCCCGGCGGGAUAUCCUUCUAAUGAUCAGGGUUUGGCCUCUAUGAUGGCGGCGCUUCAGAUGGGUGGACAGAAUGCUGCGUCUGGACCUCCCCGACUGCAGAUUGAUCCUGCGUACGGACAAAACGGAGUAGGGCCAGUGGGCGGUCGAGGACGCUCCCCGAAUCCCGCCUCUGCUUUCUCUCCCUCGACUGACCCCUUCAAUCCGUUUGCCAUGCGCUCUCCUGAUAUGGCCAGUCCUCGGACUAACGGGUCUCGCCGCAAUGGAGGCGUCCCACCUUCAGCGGCGCCCUCGACGAUUCCCUUCGGCGUUCAAUCGCCUGGGCUUGCACAAACUGCUGGUUUGAUGGGUAUAAGCCAACCCACAUACAACAACAUGACCCCGCAGUCUGUUCCUCCGCAUGUCUAUCAAGCUUACAUGUAUCAAAUGUAUCAACAACAAAAUUCGCCCAAUAUGGGCGCCUUCCAUGCUUAG